AUGCUGGCAACAUCAACAAAUGUUUGUAUAAAAUUGUCUAAUGAAGAUUUAUGGAAAGAAUUUAAUGGUUUUACCACAGAAAUGAUUGUUACCAAAACUGGAAGAAAACUGUUUCCAAAAGUGGAGAUAUCUGUAGAAGGAUUGGAACCUGAUGAGCAAUAUGUUAUACUGCUACAAAUAGAACCUGUUGGAAAUACUAGAUUUAAAUUUGCUAACGGUGGAUGGUUACCAGCAGGAUGUGCAGAUCCGGGAAAUGCACCAAAACCGUUGUCACAUCAUGACGGUGCACAGUUGGGUAAAACUUGGAUGCGAGGACCGAUAUGCUUUGAUCGAGUAAAGUUGACCAAUUGUCCAGCCGAUGGAGGCCAACGGGUAUAUCAAUCUGUUUUUAUAGUUAUUAGUUUCACCUCUUUCAUACAAUAA